AUGAGCCGCCCCGAGUACUCUCUUCCCGCCGAUGUGUAUUACGGGGAGGAGGAGUCGCUUCGAUAUGCACGCAGCUCGCGGAUGCAUACGGUUCAGCAACAGCUAGCAGAAAGGGCCCUCGAGAUGCUCCUGCUGCCCGACGAUCAGAGCUGCUUGGUUCUGGACUUGGGCUUUGGAUGCGGCAUGAGCGGGGCCGUUGUUUCGGAGAAAGGUCACUUUGUUGUCGGCCUGGAUAUCUCACGUUCCAUGCUAGAGCAGGCCGACGAGCUCGAGAACUAUAACAACGCGGAUGCCAUAGAGGCCGACCUUGGCAGACCGUUCUAUUUUCGGCCGGGGACGUUUGACGGUGCCAUUUCCAUAAGCGCCAUUCAAUGGCUUUGCUCGGACAUCAAGUCGGAUUUCGGCAAGGCUAUCUCUACACGCGGAGCCGAAGCAAAGGCAGAGGAGGAGGUGCCCAGCAGUGAGAGUGAGGAGGAUAUGGAAGAAGACAAGAUUCUUGAGCAGCAGCAGCAGCAGCAGACGAAGGAGCAGCUCAGAAGGAGAGAAAGACCCGCACCUCCAGCCUCCGCCUACAGGAGACAGACUUGCUUCUUCCAGCAUCUUGCGAGGGCUUUAAGGCCAGGGGCCCGAGCUGCAUUGCAGUUCUACCCGGACAAUGCGGAGCAGCUGGAGAGUCUCACGUCUGCUGCUUUACGAAGCGGUUUUGAGGGAGGUCUCGUAGUUGACUUUCCAAACUCUACGAGGGCCAAAAAAUACUUUUUAUGCUUAUGGCUGCCCGGUGGACAAAGUCGGAAGACGCAGCAGCUGCCAAAGGCACUUGGCAAUUCCGCAGUCAUAAACAUGGGAAGAGAGCGUCCAAUGGUGUCUGGGCGUCGCGCGAAGAAGCAGAUCAGCAAACGGGAGUGGAUCAGCAAAAAGAAGGAGCAGCAAAUUAAGAAGGGAAAAAAGGUCCGACCAGACUCGAAGUACACCGGCCGGAAGCGGAAGGACAAAUUCUAG